GUAUUGACCAAAAAUAUGCAGGUCUUAGCAGAAAUGAUGGGGACCUUUGUGUUAAUGUUUUGUGUAUGUGGGAUCAUAGGAAACACACAGAUAACUCGAGGCCAAGUGGGUCUUUUGGAAUACGCAUCCACAGCAGGAUUAACAGUCAUCAUCUUGGUUUUCUCCCUAGGCCCUAUCUCUGGUGCUCAUGUCAACCCUGCUGUCACAAUUGCUUUUGCAGCAUUUGGCCAUUUUUCAUGGUCCAGGGUUCCCCUUUAUGUAUUGGCUCAAAUUGUAGGAUCAAUAUUGGCAACGUACGUUGGAAAAUGUAUCUAUGGCAUAAAACCAGAACUUAUGGCCACCAGACCACUCCGUGACUGCAACUCAGCCUUCUGGGUUGAGUUCAUCGCUACUUUCAUCAUCAUGUUCCUUUCUGCUUCAUUGACAUUCCAAAAAUCAAUAAUGCAUUUGUCUGGUUUUGUUGUUGGACUUGCCAUUGGACUUGCAGUCCUUAUCACAGGGCCUCUUUCAGGAGGGUCAUUAAAUCCUGCAAGGUCUUUAGGGCCUGCAAUUAUAUCAUGGAAUUUUAAGGACAUAUGGGUCUAUAUUACUGCACCAGUCAUCGGGUCUUUAGCCGGAGCUCUCAUGUUUCAUGCUCUACGUGUUCAACGCCGGCCAUGUAAUUCCACUGAUUCCUCUUCCAAUGCGGAUCUACUUGGUCACUCCAUAGCUUUUAGGAGUUAGCUAAAUGACUCUUUUCCUUUUUGGAUUGAAAGAUUUGCCUUCAAAAUCGAUGAUGACGAACAUAUGUAACACUGUAUCCCUAUAUAUAUAUAGAGAUAUGGAAUUAGUAAAUAUUUUAAUUUCUAAUAAUCAUCAUUUUUGCA